AUGGCCAGCCAAAAUAAUUCCUAAUUAAUAGAUGAGUAGAUAAAAAAUAACUCAAGCUAUAUGUUUAUACAAAAUGAAUAAUCUUCUAAAUAGGAUUUGGAUCAAUCAUUUGACUUACUAAUUGCAAAAGAUAAUAGUUAAUCUAAUAAAAUUGAUAGAUCCUACUUAUAAAGUCAUGAUGUCCUUGACAAAAGCAAAGAAGAAAUACCAUCAAAUAAUGUAUAGAAAAAAACUUUAUUUGAAAGAAUAAAAGAAUAUAUGAAAGGAUUUUAUAAUUAAGAAUUAUAAAAAAGUAGCCCAAUUUUAUUAAUAGAGUCUACUCUUUUUGGUAGUCUGGGUAUAAUAACAUCUUUUAUGAAUUUUUUAUAUGUUAGAAGAAUAAAAAACCUUGAGGGUGAAUAUAAGACAAUUUAAGAAAGAGUGAAAAAGAUUAAAAGCAAUUCAUCGAAAAUCUUUAGCGAUUGCGCUACUGGUUAAAAUAUACUAAUCUAUGGAAAAGCUACCCAAUAAAAUACAUCUAAAUAUACUAAUGUACCAUAUGUUAUGUAUAAUUUAAAUUUCCUUGAUAAUUAAAAAUAUCAAGCAUGUGAAUUUCCUAAGCAGAAAAAUGUAAAUAUUAAAGAGAAAGCAUAUACUAUUAUUGAUUAUACUUCAGCUUUAAAACCUAUAUUAGCAUAUCAGCUAGGAACUGCUUUAUAAUUUAGCUUAGAAAACAUGUAGCUGAAUAACGGAGAAAAUGUAUUUAUAUUUGGAACAAAAUUAGCAAAUUCAUCCAUUCUUCCUACUUAAAUCUUCAAAAAUAUUGAUUUCUCUAAAAUAGAAAAAUUAAUUAAGAAUUUAAAAAUUGAAGAAAAAUUCUUAGGGAUUGUAGGAGCUGCUUUCUUUCUUGUUUGCUCUUACAAAUUUUAUGUCUUUCUUCAUAAAAAGUUCAAUGAAUUAGAGGAAGAAUAUGGCCAAAUAAAUAAUAAUAAUUAGAAAAAAUAUCAAUUAAAUAUUGAUUUUAAAUUUACUUGUAAUUGA